AUGCUGAGCUUAAAGAUCAUUACAAACUUGUACACCGCCAGAUUGAGACCGUUGAAAGUAAUAAAUGCAAUCAAUGUGGAAAUUAUUUUCGGACUAAAGGUGAAAGAGCCGAACACGAAACGUUUUACUCUCACAGAUAAGGAUGCGCUGCAUCUUGGAUUACCAUUUGUGCCUAGCUAUCUAGUACAGUCUGAUUUUUUAGAACAGAUGGUUCUUGGGUACAAUUAUCUUUCUGCUGGUGUUGAUAUUAUAUUCUCAACUGGCUCGGAAGUGGGUCAGCAUUGCUUGUUUUACAUUUCGAUUGGGAGCAAUGACUUCAUUCACUACUAUAUCCCGAAUGCCUCAAAUGUUUUAACUGUUUACCUGCCAUGGAGUUUCAACCAGUUUUUAGCACAGACGAUUAAACAACAGAUCAAGAACCUGUACAAUGACAAAGUGAGAAAAGUGGUUGUAAUGGGACUGGCUCCAACAGGCUGUGCACCUUACUACUUAUG